AUGAAUAAUCAAAGUAGAGGACCCGCAAAGCGUAAAGUUAAGCCAGUGGAGCCGCAAUCAUUAUUAGAUUUCGAUCUUGGUGAGGGGGAGAGUUCUGACGAUUCUGAUUUUCGAAUUGAAGACCACCCUGAAGAAAGCGACGACUACUCUAUAAACUCCGAUGAUGAUAAAAAGGCAAAUGCAAAUAGCGGGAGCUCUGAAGAUCAAUCAGAAUCAGAUGGUGAAGAUGGAUACAAAAACACAACAAAUAAGCUUGGUGAAGAGAUGAGUGUUACAGAUCUUCUUGAAAAAGCAAAGCAACAAGAAUUUAAGUUUCCAGAAUUGGCAAAUGUGAUGAUAUGUGCUGGUUGUCUCGGUUCAAGAAGUGAUGAUUUCAAUGAGAUUGUUGAAUGUGAUGGUUGUGGUGUUACAGUACAUGAAGGCUGCUAUGGAGUUUCAGAUGUUGCAAGUGAAUCAAGUACUGUUAGUUCAGCUUCAACAGAGCCAUGGUUUUGUGAGGCCUGCAAAGCUGGUGUGUCAGAUCCAAAUUGUGAACUAUGCCCAAAUAAAGGUGGCAUAUUCAAGGAGACAGAAGUUGGUGCGUGGGUUCAUCUAGUGUGUGCACUUUAUGUGCCGGGUGUUGCAUUUUCAGAGGUAGAGCGUCUCUCGGGCGUGACGCUGUUCGAAAUGGCGUACUCGCGGUGGGGCGCGCGGUCGUGCGCGCUGUGCCGCGACGCCACGCUGGCGCGCACGGGCGUGUGCGUGGGCUGCGACGCGGGACUGUGCAAAACGUUCUUUCAUGUUACUUGCGGUCAAAGAGAGGGGUUGUUAGCUGAGGCACAUUCAGAAGAGGCGGAACAGGCGGACCCGUUCUAUGCGCACUGCCGCUUGCACUCAGACAAGAUGUUGGUGAAAAAACGUAAGAGGAAUUGGCUAGCUUUGCAGUUGAGGACUGAUAAACGAAAAAUUGAAUUACAAAAUAAUCUGAGUGCAGAAGAAAAGAAGCGAAUUCAACGCAAAUUGAUCAAGUAUAGGAAGAAAUAUUCGCAGCAGAAGGAAAAUCGAAAUCCACCGUGGGUCCCAACACAAAAAAUGGCGCGGAUGGUGUAUAGCAGCGCGUCGGCCAUGAGGAAGUUCCAAAGGAAGGCGGAAUGCAUGGGGGUCGACACGCACGCACUAGAGUUUCAAGAUGCACAGAUGGCAGCAUUGAAGGAUGUAUCGCGACGCUGGCACGUCCCGCCGGCGUUUUCCGUAGAAUUCGUUGGAUACUACUUAGAAAGGAACACUCGUGUCACAUCCCUAAGGAAAUCCCUGGAACGGCUCACGAAGGAGAAUGAGAAGCUCGUUGUGGACGAUGAGAGACUUAGGAUUGAAUAUGAUGAGGCGUCAAAAGAGAAUACGGAUGUUCUGGCAGAGCUCUCAAUGACGAAAGAAGGUUUACAAAAGAUAUACGAGGCGAUAAUAGCAAUAUCGCCCAAAAAGGUUAUGCCGGCCAUCAUGGAGGACAAGCGGUUGGUCGCGCCCGAGGCCGCGCGCUCCACGCCCAAAGUCACGCCCCAACAGCUACACAAACGGUCCGUGCCCACCGCGGCUGCACUUAAGAUGGGCGUUGGUUUUCCUCUUAGCGACAACCCGGACGCUCGCCACGGGAAAGUCUUGUCGACUUCUCUAGAAGCGACGGGCGCGCUGGCGGCGCGCGAGUGCGCGGUGUGCGGGCGCCGCAGCGAGCGCCACCUGAUGGCGGCGUGCGACACGUGCCGCCACCACUACCACCUGCACUGCCUGCGCCCGCCGCUGCAGCGCCCGCCCAAGAAGAGCAAGCUCUACGGCUGGCAAUGCUCCGAAUGCGAUAAAACUUCAGACUCAGAACCUGAAGUAUUAGAAAAGAAAGUGCCGCGACGGUCUCGAAUUCGCUACAGCAAAGAUGGCGCUAUCAUAUCUGAGCCUCAAAGUCCUGGUUCAGUACCAAAUUCUCCGCCGCCGAAACCUAAAAUGGAGAAACCGCACAAAAUCGAAAAGCCUAAGUUAAACAUCUCAGCAGAAAACAUUUCACCAAUAAAAGUGACAAUAAAACCCUUCGAAUUUACUAAUGACGGUAAUGAAAGUACCGAAAUAAAACUCAAGAAGGAGAAAAAAGCCAAGUCCAAAAAGGAAUAUUGUUCAACUUCGGGCGGGGAGAGUGAGAUAUCGACAAAGAAAAUUCACAAACGAUCGUUUACUUCCCCUAUAUUAACAAAUACGCCAUUAAUGUCGAUAACCCCUAUAGUAGCAGAUAGUCCAAACGAUUCUCAUAAUGAGCAUUCAAACGAUUCAACAAAUGUCGUACCGCCCAAAGAUUCAAGUUUCUACUCCCAAAAUCUAUCGUUCUCAGCGUUACUAAACGAUUCGAAGGAACGCGAUAGUAAAACGAUAGAGAGUUCGAUAGAAAGCACUUUAGCGAAUCUAUCGUCAGAUAUAGCUAUGUACAAAGCAAAUAGAAAGAGAAGGAAGGAAAAACACAGGUCGAGAUAUUCACCGGAUUUGAUGCGGUCGCCCUCGAAAUCGCACAAGCACAAAAGGAAGAAGAAAACUCAAGAUAUAGAAAACCCAGAUCCGCCACACCCGAGGAUUACUAUUAAAAUCAAACCAAUUCCAAAGCCGGAUGGAUCUUUAGACCCUCAAAUGUUCUACGUACCGUCAGAAAGUAAUGACGGACCACCUCCUGUUGUUAUUAAGAAAAUUCCUAAGCCCCUGGAACCAGAAACACCUAAAUCUCCGCCAUCGACAGAAAAUUUGGAUCCCCUAGCCGUUGCUCCGCCUAUAACGCAAGAGGAGAAACAACCUGAGCCACCAGUCACUAUAUCUAAGCCAAAGCGUUCCCGUGAAAGCCGCGCUCGAAGAAGUGCAGGCGGGGGUGAUAGCGCGGUGAAUACGAGUACAUUGACGCCUCUAACACACUGCGACGUUUGCAAUCAGCCCGGAGAUACGACGAAUCUCGUUCGAUGCGACGAAUGCAACAAACGCUACCACUUUACAUGUUUGGAGCCACCUCUGAAUAAGAAUCCGAAAAAACGCGGCUAUUCAUGGCAUUGUGCCGACUGCGAUCCAACUGAUAUGGAUGAGAAUAAC